AUGAGGAGAGUGGUGGCAUCUCACGUGACUAACCGGAAGAGUUUCAAAUGGUCGCUCAAAAAAAUAACCGAAGAGGCCGAUAACCUCGUCCGUUACAUCAAUAAUCGUUGUGUCAAAAACCGCGGUAAUGGUAAUGGUUUUUCGAUUAUUGAUUUAAGGCUUGUAGUGCGGCAAUACAGCGGAAAUGUGGCUCGGAAGAUGAUGUUUGGUGUAAGGCAUUUCGGCGACGGAAGUGAAGAUGGAUCAGGACCAGGCUUUGAAGAGAUUGAACAUGUUGAAUCUCUAUUUACGGUUUUAACACAUCUUUACGCCUUUGCCUUGUCGGAUUAUGUCCCUUGGCUAAGGUUCUUGGACUUAGAAGGCCAUGAGAAGAUCGUGAGUGGCGCAAUGAGGAACAUAAGCAAGUAUAAUGAUCCUUUUGUCGACGAAAGACUCGUGCAAUGGCGUGAUGCUAAGAUAAAAGAGCCUCAAGAUUUUCUCGACAUGUUUAUAAUGGCAAAAGACACUAACGGGAACCCUGCUCUGUCAGACGAAGAGAUCAAAGCACAAGUGACGGAACUAAUGUUAGCCACGGUGGAUAAUCCAUCAAAUGCGGCGGAGUGGGCUAUGGCAUAG